AUGUCUACUCACCUUGCUGCUGUUCUUCCUGGCAAGGGCUCCGCCAUCAAGGUCGAGAGCCGUCCCACACCCACGCCCGGUCCCUCGGACCUCUUGAUCGACGUGAAAUCGAUCGCAAUGAACCCAUUGGACUGGAAGCAGCAGCUCUCCGGCUUUAUGCUCAGCAACGGCUACCCAACCGUGCUCGGGUCCGACGUCUCUGGCACCGUCAUCGCCGCCGGCUCUGCAGUCACCUCCGACGCCCCCCAGCCUGGAACACGCAUCGCCGCCUUCGCCCCUUGCUUCUUCACGCAGGGCCUCGCCGACUACGGCGCGUUCCAAACGCGCGUCCUCGUGCCGGCCGCCAACGCCGUCGCGCUGCCGGACCACGUCAGCUUCGACGAGGGCAGCACGCUGCCUAUGGCCGUGGCGACCGCUUGGUGCGGCAUGUACACCCUCGGCGUGCCGCGCGACACGGCCUACAAACCCGCCGACAAGCAGGCCCUCCUGAUCUGGGGCGGGGCGAGCAGCAUCGGCACCGCCAUGAUUCAGCUCGCGAACAUGAUGGGGUUCGCCGUCUACACCACGGCUAGCGCAAAGCACCACGAGUACCUGAAGACGCUGGGAGCGAAGAGGCUGUUCGAUUACCGCGAUGAUGCGGUGGUGGAGAAGAUCAUCAAGGCGGUGAAGGAAGAUGGUGUUACCCUCGAGCUCGGCAUCGACGCUGUUGGAGCGCUCGACAGCUGCCUGCGGAUCCUGAAGGAGUUGAAUCCCAACGGAGCGAAGCUCGCGUCCGCACCGCCCCUCACUCCCGAGUCGCCCAAGAUGGAGGGGGUGGAGCUCAAAUUCGUUAUGGGGCCAGACGAUACCGACAAGCUGUCGGACUUCUUCCAUUUCGCCUUUAACGUCUGGCUCAAGAAGAAGCUGGAGGCUAAGGAGUUCGUCCCGAGUCCUAAGGUCAAGGUUGUUGAAGGGGGGUUGAACUCCGUGCAGGCUGCGUUGGACGAAUUGAAGGCUGGUGUGAGUGGUGUGAAGCUGGUACUUCAGGUUUGA